AUGGAUGCGAGACUUCAAAGUCGCAUUCGCAUGGUAAUGCGAGACCCCUCAAUGAAAAACCAACGCGACAUCAUGAAGCUCAUGUCUGCUAUGCUACAGCAAUCUGAGAAGGUCAGAUCCCGAGUCAACAGAAGGCUGAAUGCCCUUGGUCUUUCGGACAACUCAGAAAGUCAGUGCUUACCAGCGGAUAUAUCAAGCUUCGUGCGGGUGGUGAACCGACCUUCCUUCAUCAAGCCUCACGAAUGGGCUCGCCUUACGGGAAAGACUGGUCUCGCCUCAUUUCGCUUUGGCAAUUCUACCCUAUGCCAUCGCGGCGAAAGAGGAGCACUGGGCUCACUGAUUCAUGCUGACGCAACGGCGGAACUCUCGCACAAAAUGGUUGUCAACUAUGAUCUUGCACACGUCUUCAACCGAUAUUCACUCUUUCAACUCACUGAAUUGUUUGGAGGAACUUAA